UACCAUGCUUCAGAUGCUGCAGGUCCUGCAAACCAAGAAGAAACUAUGAAUCUCAUAGUCUUGCAUGUCAUCACACACAAGGUUACCAGCAGGGUCCUGUGACAUUAGAGUCAAUGGGAACAGAACUACAGACUUAAGCCCACCGCUCUAAGAGAAGGGAAAGCAGAGAAACAUACUCCGUGUACUCCGUCUUGUGCUUUAAAGACCAAGUGUCUCUGUGCGUGUGUGUGUGUGUGUGUGUGUGUGUCUGAGCUAUGUGUGUGUUUUAUAAAUAGAGCCGAGCACUGACUGAGAAAUGUUACACAGUUGGUCAGAAACAUGGUUUGGGUUACCAGCACCCUCAGAGACUUGCAUCAGGAAAUCUCUCCCUCUGAUUCAUAUUGUGGUGCUUUGCACAAUUGAUUUGCAGCUGCAGAGAGCAAAAUUUGUGUUACUUCAUAUCCAAACAGAGUCCUCUAGUGGAGAUUCAAUAAAAAGUGUCAGUGUCACUCCAACAGAAGAUAAGCUGAUGGCUCUGUGCUUGAUGCUGGUGCACAUUCAUUCGGCCCAGGAAUGAAUAGAUAGAAGUUUGGUGGCCGUGAUUGAGUCCGCUGCAGAAACUGAAAGGGGUGGGGGGGGUUCUCCUGCUGAACUUGCUUGGUGCUUCUUGGCUAAUUUUAACCUGGCAGUACAAACAGCACAGAGACCAAAAGCAACGUUAUAAAACGAGGAGGAAGCAACACUUCUGCAGUGGCACCUUGGAUUACAAAAACCUUUGCUUCAGUGUCCUCUAGAUAUGAGUCAGCGUUCUCGAGCCUCCAGGGUGCGACAGCAUGUCCACUGUGAUUCCUGCUACAGCCGGCGCUGCAGGGCUCGGGUGGAGGUCUCUGUGUGCUGUGCGGUCAUCCCCUGCCGCCUGCACUGUGGAGCUCUCUUCCACCAUUGUAAAGAGGAGGAUCACCUGCUGCUCUGCCCCAACGUGAGGGUGCCCUGCCUCAACGCCGAGUACGGCUGCCCGCUCCACCUGCCCCGCUCCUCGCAGGCAGCUCACCUCCAGCUGUGUCCGGCCAGCGUAGUGUGUUGCUCCAUGGAGUGGCUCCGGUGGCCGACCGAUGACAUGAACCCACACGGCGACUUGGCCCUGCAGGUGAACGUGCUGAAGGAAAUCCAGGGGCAAGGGGAGCCUCUGGAUCUUGCCAUGGCCCUGGUGGAUCAAUCAGACCUUUAUGACCGCUUGAAACUGAAGGCUGUCUUUCCAGAGCUGAUCGAAGCAGACGAGGAGGAAAUAAAGGAUGAGAAGAAAGAAGAGACGUCAAUGGGAGGGUCCGUCAACGGUGUCACAGAUGAAGAAAACGGCUUGUGUGAGGAUAACGCUGUCGAAGAGACUCUACAGAACGGAGUGGGGCAAGCCUCAGGCAUCAACAAAGAGAGAUACGACCUGUGUGAGAUGAUGUUCGGCAUGGACAAAGGCGGCUGCGCUGUUGCGCAGGCAAACCAAGACAAUCCCAAGCCAGGUGAGAAGGUCAAGGACAAAGAUGAUGCGCUCGUAGACAUAGAUAAGACUGGUCAGGCCCCGUGGCAGGAGGGGGUGCUGGAGCGUCUGGGGCAGGAGCUUACCUUCGGACAAAACAAGGCCCGUAUACCGAGGGAGGACGAUUUUACCUACGGCAGCCUGGAGCCUAUCCCAGACCAGACCCUGCGCUCUUUCAAGAUCCCUGACAGCUAUCACUACAGCAAGCGGCGGGUUCAUCACUACGACACAAGUCGGCCUCCGAGCGAGCCUCGCAGUGUGGACACAUCCGACCUCGUAUUCAAGGAAGAGGACUGCUUCAGUGAUGAAGCAGCAGCCACCCUGCUGGUCUAUGCUGAAAGGGAGGUCAGGGGUCAUAAGAUCAGUGAGUCAAAUGCAUCCGAUGGGCUUUAUGUCGACGUGGCAACACAGACGCAUUCGUUCCGCACGGCUCCGUUUCAAGCGAAGACGACCCUGGCUGAGGUGAUAGUCGACAGACCUCUGAAGCUUCAUCUUCAGCUGCAGUCAGAGAGGGUGAACAGCAGAAACACCAGAGCCAGCUGUGCCUUCACCUUCCUCUGCGGUCACACCUUCCACCGCAGGGAGUUCCCCACACAUUUCAGGAACGUCCACAGUGACAUCCAGACGAGUCUGAGUGGAUGGUUCGAGCAGAGAUGCCCCCUAUCCUACCUGGGAUGCACCUACAGCCAGAGGAGGUUUCAGCCCUCCACACACAAAGCCAUCGUCUCCUAUGAUCAACAGCUGAGGAGUUUCAACAUGCGUCCCACACCUGUAGCCUCAGUAGGUGACGACUCCCAGCCGUCCAGGAGCUCAGUGGACUCCUCCACCACUCAGAGGAAGAGAGGAGGUCGGGGAGGAGGACCAGAGGACUCUCUGAGCUCGCUGCCCUACGAGGUGCUGUGCCACAUGGCCAGUUUCCUGGACAGUCUGUCCCUGUCCCAGCUGGCUCUGGUGUCCCAGCUGAUGAGGCAGGUGAGCUCCUCUCUGCUGCAGGAGAGAGGGAUGGUCACCCUCCGCUGGGAGAAGAAGACCUACUCGCAUGGAGGAGCCAAGUGGAAGGCCAAACCUGUAUGGGAGUUCAGUCACCUCUUCUCCUCAGUGGAUUCGUGGCAUAUGGCAGACAUCCCUCCCAUAUCGGCUCAUCUAAAAGUCUGUCCUUACUACGAGUCCUCUCUGCAGAGUGACCCUGUUCCCCUCCCAAGCAUGAGUGACAAGCAGGAGUGCAGCCAGGAGAGGAUUAACCUCGUCAACCAUUUUGCAAGAAACAGAUUGCAACAAUGAAAAAGAUCCUUUUCAUUCUACCUGCCACUUCAGAAUGUAUUUGUGUAUUAUUGACACUGAUGGCAGAUUACACUGCACAAGUAUAGGGAUGAUGUUUUAUAACCAGUAUGUCACGAAGCACUACACAGAGCAAAUAAAAUAA